AUGGCGCAACGUCAGAGAAUAUCACAAGAAGACAAGGAACGGUUGGUUAGUGCAUUCGAAGAACAAGAUCAAGACUACCUGGCUUUGGUUGAUACUGUACGUCAGCAUUGAAUCGCUCAACUACCACGAAUAUGAUCACUCGAUAUCUGCGCGAAGAACAACCACGUGGAGGAUGCCUCAAUGUUCGAUUUGAUGCAGAUAUGACAAAAUGCUAUUCAAAGAAUUGUAGAUGAAGAUUGCACUUUGUCACUACGGGCCAUAAAUACAGAAUUACGACGUCGAAUGCCUGAGGAGCCAAAAGCUCAUGAAAAAACUAUUGGUAACAUUUGGACGGAAUGCUGUACUCGUUAACAUGCUGAUCGUAACAUGCCAGAUGUAAUUGAGGGACGCCACGAAUGUGCUAACUGGUUCUUAGAAGAAGCGAAUAUUCAUCAUCCUGUUUUCAUCAACGAAUGUGGUUUCAAUAUCUGGACAGCCAGACGUUAAGGACGGGCUCGCGUUGGAGAGCGUGCUUAUCGCCAGGUGUGCUGACAAAAGGGACGCAACCUUACCAUUUGCCUGGCGCUAUCUCAAGUCUUUUGUUUGGUGCAUCACACCAUUCAGAUGGGUGGGAUGACCAAUGAUUCCUUCGCUAAGUUUCUCGCAGGUACUGCUACCCACCUUGAUGAAAAUGAAACUCAAUAUCUCAUUUUCGAUGGAGCACUAGCACAUCGCCGACCCGAGCAACCUGGAGACAACGUACAUAUGCGUAUAUUGCCACCAUACUCACCAUUCCUAAAUAUUGUCGAGCAAGCUAUAAGGCUGAAGGCCAGCAUUAAGGCAGAUAUUUCAUGCCAUGCUAUGCAAGAACGCUUUGCCGAAAGAAAUGCGGCAAGAAAUGCCCACCUUCCCCUUGGUGAAUACAGAAAACAAUUGCUUGUUCAAGCUGUUGAAAGAAAUAUUGGAUAA